GUAUUGUGUUCUUCUGAAAGAUCAAAGAUCACAUAUAUUUGGGGGUUUUGUGAAAAAGUUUCUCUUUCUGUUUUGAUCUUAGGGUUUCUGAGAAUAUAUUUUGAAAGAGAUUUAGGGGUUUUGAGCUGAUACAAAAUGUCAUCAAUUGGUGCAUCAAAAGGGGUAUUGGAAAUUGCCAAGUUUGCUUUAUAUGUGAGUGUUCCAAUUGGUCUUAUGUAUACUUUCGCCUUCAACACUAAGAAUAUUCUGAAAAUCAUGGGCAAUAGAUCAUAUGUGGUAUAUCCUCCAGAGGGUCCUCCACCUCCAACACCUGAGGAAAUAAGAGAGAUGGCUCGAGAAAUUUUUCGCAAGAGAAAUUUGGCUUGAUGUCUCUAUGAUGUUGUAGUUACUUGCAGUGUUACUAUUCUUUCUUCAGUAAGUCCGGUUGUUUUCUUAGUGCCUGUAUCUCUACGUUGUACUGGUGACUUUUCCCGCUAUGUAGUUUGAUAAAACUGAAUAAAUUGUGUGAUAUAUGUUAUGUUUCUGUUGAAGUUCAGUAUGGGAGAUUGAGUGGUUUUCUUUAAUUUAUAAUCUCGCAUUGGUGUGGUCCAUUUCAGAUCAUGUGAGGCCUUUCUGUUACAAACUCGUAUUAUCGUGCAGUAUGAGAAUUUCUGAACAAGAGCAUGUAUUGGAAUUUACUGUACCAAACCAGUAUUAUAAUGACAGAGUGCCGUGAAUGGGGUGUCUUCUACUGCAGCAUGGUUCUACUUUUUAUAUUUAUGUUCUUUGCAGCACUGCAGUAACAUCAUCAUUAUCUGAUUUUGUGAUAAUAUAUUUGCUACAUUUUAAAUUGUUCAGUAUAUUGUUGUUAAACUCUAUUUAUUCGUAACUUUCUAGUGUUUAGGUUUGGAUAAUGAAUGCGCUGGCUUAGUGUGUAUAACUUCAUGUAUUCAUCAUUUUAUUUUUUUGAAGCAUCAUGUAUUCACCUUAUGAUGAUCUGUAGUUCAUCUUGAAUGUUCAAACACUAGUUCUGUUGUC